GGAAACUCAGGAGGAGUUGUCAUUUCUUUUGCUCCUCGCGAGCCCCCGUAGCUUUCGGCACCACGUGUAAAACACACGUUAGACUUUCGUUUUGAAACAAACGACUGAAAGUGCGGCCAGUUGUGCCUCAGCAUAAAACAGAACCAUCAUCAUGGCAGAAAACCAAGAAAUGUCUGCAAUUGAGAUGAAAGUGGCUCGCCAGGUUGAGUACUAUUUUGGCGAUCACAAUCUUCCCCGAGAUAAAUUUCUCAAAGAACAACUGCAACUUGAUGAUGGCUGGGUGCCUUUGGAAACAAUGUUGAAGUUUAACAGACUGAAGUCUCUGACGACAGAGAUUGAUGUCAUCCUCUCAGCUCUUGGGAAAUCAAAGACUGGCCUUUUGGAAAUCAGUGAAGACAAAACAAAAAUCAGGAGAUGCGCAGACAAACCUCUGCCAGAACAGAAUGAGGAGUACAAGGAUGCCCUGAAGCACAAGUCUGUCUACAUUAAAGGCUUCCCACUCGACAGCAGUCUGGAUGAGAUCCAGGAGUGGCUGAGCGGCAAGGGUCCCAUCGAGAGCAUUCAGAUGAGGAGAACCUUGCAGAGGCAGUUCAAGGGGUCCGUGUUCAUCUGUUUCGACACGGAAGAAUCCUCCAAGGAGUUCCUUCAACGGACAGACAUCCAGAAGUACAAAGACAACGAAAUGCUCGUCCUCUCCAGAGAAGCCUACCAUGCUAAAAAGGCAGAAGAAAGAAAACAAUCUAAAGCAGAGUCAAAAGCGAAAAACAGACAAGACAAAGAGAAGCAGCAGAAGGAUGCAGAGGAGAAAGAGCUGGGUCUGCUGUUGGAGGAGAAGACGGGCUGCUUGCUCAAGUUCUCAGGAGAUCUGGCAGACGUCUCUCGGGAGGACUUUCAUCAAGUAUUCUCAGGCCAUGGAAAGAUCAAGUGGGUCGAUUUUACCAGAGGUGCCAAAGAGGGCACUCUUCUGUUCGAUGGUAACGCAAAAGAAGCCUUUGAGAAGGCGAAGGAGGCCAACGAGGGAGACCUGAAAGUGAAGAAUAACAGUGUGACGUGGGAGCUGCUUGAGGGAGAGGAGGAGAAGGAGGUGUUGAAAAAGAUCAUUGAAGCGCAGCAAGAGUCCUACAACCGCUCCAAAGGGAGAGGAGGAAGAGGACGAUCUGGAGGCAGAGGACGAGGAGGCAGAAGGGGAGGAGGCGGCAGGAACCAGUAUCAGGGAAAAAGAACAAAGUUUGACAGCGAUGAUGAGGAUGCAUCUGAGGUGCCAAAAGAAGACACAGAGGGUCCGGCCGCUAAAGUUGCCAAAACUGAGAAUGGCUCUUAAGAACCCCACUACCAUUUUUUUUGUAAAAUGUUUAUUAUGAGUCAUGUAAAUGAAAAAAAAAAAAACUCAUUCCAAACUUCAGGCUGUGGAGAAUCGAAGGAAGUCCACCUGGAUGUCAACCUACAAGACAAACCGUUAUGUCUGGUUUCAGUGUCAUGUUCUUCAAAACAAUCUGAUUUUAUCAAGAACUGUCCACAGACAGACCUUUAAUUUCACCUUUUAGUUGGUUUUGUAAUAGCUGAAGUGUGUGGCACUGUAUUUUCUUACAUUAAAGGACAUUUGAUUUACCGUUUCAAGUUUGGAGAUGUGAUAAAAUAAAAAUGUGUACCAGCUAGAUCAUGGCGUAGUUCACCGUCUUACUUACCGAUUUCUUUUUGUGGAACUUGUAUGAUGCUGGCAAGUCGUAUCUGAGUUCUGUAAAGAGUUGUUCAAUCAUUAAAGUACUUGUCAGUU